CUUGUCCGAAGGCGGACUGAAUGGCGGUCCUGGAGACUUUUUAAAACCUCUCCGAGGGACAUCAGUGGCAAUUCCUGCUUUUUCUUUGGAACUCGGGUUUUUAUUGUUAUCUCCACUUGACCGUUUUAAGAAUCGCACCGCAUGUGUUAUUUCAACGCGGAUGCGCUGCACUGUCCUCAGGCGUGCGGCUGGACAGGAGCGUGCCUUGCAGUGGCCUUUCGUGUAGCCUUGGGCAGGUCGAGAGUUUCAGAUGAAGCUGCAUGAAACUCUGCGGUGUACCUUCAUUGUAAAUUGAAAGUAGGCAGACUUAUACGCGAUCAGUCCAAAACUCUUGAUAAUUCCCGCCGCCACUGAAAACAGAAAGUAGCCUUCCGAAUCAAUCUAAAAUUAUAAGUUUAUAUUUGAAACAGUCCACUUGACGAGAGCCGGUAACAAAGCCCUUUCUACGCCUCCAGUACGGCCGUGCUCGCUUCAUCAAAGACGCAAAUAGCCUAGGUUGUCUUUUGCGCGAUCCUUAAGAUUGCACUACUGUAAUCGAAAUUGCCCGAGAUAUAGUUAAAAUAACCGAAAUAAUACUUUGCGACGCAGAAAGGUAAGCGAAAGACAGCUUAAUCCGCACAUUAAAGCCGAUGUGGGAAUCUACCGGUCUCUGAAUAGUCUGAAAUACAACUCCCAAUAGCCCAACCUGAAACGACCAAACUGAGGGAUGACGGGAGUUGUAGUUCAACAACCCCCGGGGAGCAACAAAUCCUCUUCGCCUGCUUUAAAAUGUGCAUUCCCCUCACCUCCACUAAAAACAACGGGCGCACGCCACACAUCUGGAGGCAAACUGGUGCAGUGCGCUAUUACCGCAGACGCAAGCGAGCUCUCCUCUUUAUGCGACAACCCUUGCAGCCUUACUGGGGUGCGCUUCUUGUGGAGCUAAGUGGGAUUAAUUCUGCGUAAACACGCACAAAGAGCGGACGGGGCUUCUUCGUGUUUCUCAGAUGCCAGUAGCAGAGGGAAAAAGUGUUCAGCAAACAGUUGAAAUCUUAACAAGAAAACUGGAGCUACUCGGAGCAGAAAAGCAAGGAACAUUUUGUGUAGAUUGUGAAACCUACCAUACUGCAGCCUCCACAAUGGGCAGUCAAGGACAGGCUGCCAAACUGAUGUACGUGAUGCACAAUUCCGAAUAUCCCCUCAGCUGUUUUGCUCUCUUUGAAAAUGGCCCAUGCCUUAUAGCAGAUGCCAACUUCGACAUCCUUAUGGUGAAAUUGAAAGGCUUCUUUCAAAACGCCAAAGGGAACAAAAUAGAGAGCCGAGGCACUCGGUACCAAUACUGUGAUUUUUUGGUGAAGGUUGGCACAGUCACCAUGGGGCCCAGCGCUCGUGGAAUAUCUGUUGAGGUGGAAUAUUGUCCAUGCGUGGUAGCCACUGACUGUUGGAACCUCGUAAUGGAAUUCAUGCAGAGCUUUAUGGGAAGUCAUGCCCCCGGAAUCCCUUCUGUGUUCAGUAAUAAGCAUGACAGCAUCUACAGUCCAGCUGACACAAUAGUUCAAUACAUGGAACUUUUCAAUAAAAUUCGCAAGCAGCAGCAGGUACCCGUUGCAGGUAUCAGAUGAGGAAGGUUUUGGAAAAUGUCCUUCAAGCGACCAACCACUUUGUUGAAUAGUAUGUUCCAACCCAAUAUUCCAGAUGGCAGUUGUUACCCAUCAAAGCAGUAUGUCUCUGUUGUAAAUGUCUUCUUGUUGAAGGAUAAAUGCUGUCUCAUAUCAGACUCUCAGGAUUGUGUGCCAUAGUUACUUUGCCUUUGUUUUAGAUUCAGGGAAUCUAAGAGUCAUGGAAACCAAUAUCUGCACUAUUAAACAUAGGCUAAAUUUUAUGUUAAUGAAAGCAUGGAAUCUGGAUGCUCUAAAUAUUUUAAUAUUACUUCUAUUGAAAAAAUUUACCAGUAAUCCAUAGGUUAUGGAAGCAUUCUGUUCCAAGAACCCUUGUAUAAGCUGAUUUUCAUGAGCAUCAGAUUGCAUACAUCCAUGAAAAGGGCAACUGAUUUUUGUGCAUGCACAAAACUACAACCUUCAUUUUUCUUCUUCCUUGCAUAACAAUUACAUGUCAUGGCUUAUGUAAGCUAGGGAAUGCCUGUAUUUUUACGUAUUAUGAAUUCUGCAGAUGUUAUUUCCCUGAAGUUUUACUUGGCCAAAAAAUGUAAUAUGUCUUGUUGAAUCAACAGACUCAAGAAAAUCCCCUAAUUUUAAGUUCUUGGUCUCCCACAACAUCUAUAAAUCUGUGAGACUUUUAUCAGAUUUGAGUGGUACGAUACUAGUACUGAAAUUGAAGGCUUUAAAUUUUAUACCCUCUGAUUUUGAAAGUCUGUGUCAUAGAAGAAGGAAAGUGUAUUCUAUGUAUUCAAAUUCAGUAAGAAUGAGACUUUGGCCAAAUUAUUACAACUUAAAACAUUUGUCUAAGAUGAUGUCUAAAGCUGUACAAAGAAUAGAUGUGCAGGUUCUCAAAUUUAUUAAAGAUGUUGACUGUAAAAUACCCCUCAUUGUAUUUUUAUGUCUGGUAGGGAUUAUUUGUUGUUUAGUUUGCAUUUUGCUCCUGCAAAGCAUUUUUGUUAGUUCCCACAUGAAUAUCUUGAUCUUCCUAAAUUAAAAAGCUACAAAAAACCUCUUUUCUAAUUAAUUUAGUCCAGAUCUUGAUGAUAAUUACCUGUCUCCGUAACUCUCUCCUUACAGUAAUCUCUCCAUGUACUCUGCUCUGCUUGUAUAUUCUGAUUUUAUGCUGUUCUAUGCCAGAAAAACAGACUUUGGGUUUCAAUAAGAGGCUUAAAUAAUAAUGAAAAAGAACAUAUUAAUAUUCAGUACUAGAAAUUCCCUUCCUUGUACAGAGAUAACCACAGCCUUUAAAAAACACAGUUGCUAAUUAUCACUUCGACCCCUUGGGUAUGUUUUUACUAAUGGGAAUGGUAGCCAUCAAUGACAUCUAGUAGUACAUCUUAAAGAUCAUUGAAAUAUAUCUGUUCUCUAACCCUAAUGUAAUCUAGGUAGUAAUAUCAUUAAAAGUUAUUUAAGUAUUUUUGUUCUGUUAACUAAUGUAGUAUGGGUAAUCAUUUUAAAAAAAAAGUUUUACUUCCCUGUUGGAGGGUAGAGGAGAAAAUCAGGCAUUUCAAUAUUUAUAGAAUGGCUAAGCAUAUGGUUGAGCCAAGCUUCAGCAUAUAGUUUACCCUAAAGAUUACCUUAAAUCCAGCAUUGGCAGUAUCACAUCAAUUCCUUUUCUAACACACCUAACAACUUAGUUGUGAAAAAAGUAUAUUCCAGGAACUGAUUCUUAUUCCUGUCCAUAUAAAUAUUCUGGUAUGAUUUUAAAAUGCAAACUGAGCUUUCUGUUUCCUUGCACAUAAGAAGCUGUUUAAUUUACAGAACUAGAGGGUAAAUAUAUUUGGAAAGAAAGAAAAGAUUCAAUCUUUCUACUCUAAACAAGUCAUAAACAUGUAAACUUCAUUAGGAUUUUAUAUGGAAACUUUUUAUUCAACAUGCACCCACAUAAAUUAAAAUUAAAUCUGUUGGUAGUCAGAAUCUGUAUAUGAUCAAAGUAGCGACUGUUAUUUUGUAAGUCUGAUUUUGGAUUGUAAUAACUUUUAUUUGUCUAUGUAUAAUAAGCAUUGUUCUGCUAAAAGAGUAAAUAUUUAUUUGAAGCUUUGAUUUUAUGCUCAAACACUGCAGCCAUUAAUUAUAUUUGAUCUAUUAAUGUUCUUCUAUUGGAAAACAUUAAAACUAUAUGGAAGUAAAAA